GUCAGAUGAAACUGGAGAGUGGCCUUGUAAGAACGACAAACUGAGUGGCUAAACCUAGAAAUGAACUCGUUGGCGCGGAACAUAUCGUGCUCCAUCAGGUCUUCGAUUCACGCCACUGCCUCGCUACAUUGCUACCAGCAGCAAUGGAGGGGGAUCCGAGUGAAGGUACUGAACGGGAAUCUUGAACGGGCAAUAACAUUCUUGCAAAGGAAGAUGCAAUCGAGCGGAAUCGAGAGGCUGAUUAAGCGCGAGCAGACUCACCACAUCAAGAACUCCGAGAAGCGAGUUUUGGCCCGAAAGAAUUUGGAGCGCAAAAUUCGAUCACAGGACCUUGCUCGCAAGCUUAAAGCCAUUCUUAUCAAGAAAGUCAGGGGUCUGUGAGCUCGUGACAAUAGGUAGGUGGAAAAGAGGGCUCUGCAGUAUAGAAUUCACAUCCAUCUUCCUCCUUGGACACGAACUCAGUAGUUACUGAUCUCUUUCUUUGAAUCUCUUCUUAAACUCCCACUGCCUUUCAACAGUACAAUUCAAGUUCCUUUACUCAUCUGGAAGGCUCCAAUAAGCUGUUUAUCGUUCUGUUAUUUAUUAUUUGAUCAAUUUAGCUGCCUGCUAUGUAUGGAUCCUUGUCUUCCUCCUUGUUCAUCUUCCAUUCCAAGCAAUUUAGUUGGAUUCUGUAGAGCUCUACAGUUUGAAGUAGAUUAGAAAAAUGGCAACCCUGUUGGA